GUUCAGUUGGUGUUGGAGUCGCCUACAGGAGAGACCGACGGCGCGGCAUGGCAGUCUGAACGCACCUGGGUGGAGAAAACAUUUCCCCCCUUUUCGUUGCAUUUUAUUGUUCCUGACUCUUUUUGGACGCCAGCUUGUGGAUUAUACGCGCUUUUUGUGGAGUUUAAUUUGUGGGGAAACGAACUCGUGGAUCGAUGAGAGAAGACGGGCAGCUUGAGAGAAGCCCCCCCCCCCCCGCUGACAUAAGAGAGUGAGGAGAUUACAGUAGGAGCUCAGAGGAGGUGAUCAGCGCACAGGCUCUCUUUUGCUCUAUCUCCUGCUGCUUUCAGAGACAUGAGCCGGCCGCUUAUGGAUCAUAGCGCCAGUAGUUUCCGCGAAGAUGCCCCUCGACCCCCUGUGCCAGGGGAGGAGGGCGAUGCGUCCCGCUACCCCAGCAAAACCGCAAUGAUUAAACCCCUCAAAUCCGCUCAGCUAAGCUCUCCGGGCUCCUCGACGCGGAGGAAUGAGGAUGGUCUCGGGGAGCCGGAGGGGAGCGCCUCCCCGGACUCGCCGCUCUCCCGGUGGACAAAGUCGCUGCACUCCCUCCUCGGAGAUCAGGACGGCGCCCUUCUGUUCAGGACGUUCCUGCAGCGGGACAAAAGCGUGGACGCGUUGGACUUCUGGUUCGCAUGCAACGGCUUCCGGCAAAUGGACCUCAAGGAUGCCAAAACGCAGAGGGUCGCCAAAGCGAUCUACAAGCGCUACAUCGAGAACAACAGCGUGGUGGCCAAGCAGCUGAAGCCGGCCACCAAAACCUUCAUUCGGGAUAAUAUCAAGAAGCUGCACAUAGACUCUGCAAUGUUUGACCAGGCACAGACUGAGAUCCAAACCAACAUGGAGGAGAACGCCUACCAGAUGUUUCUGAUCUCUGACAUUUACCAUGAAUAUGUCCGGACUGGUGGGGAGAACCCAGGUCACGUCAGCCCGGGCUCUUUGGGCAGCCUGAAAGUUGUCUGUGGAUACCUGCCCACGCUCAAUGAAGAGGAGGAGUGGAGUUGUGACUUCAAAGCCAAAGCCCUGGUUGGACUUAAGGGGCAAAGGGUCCCCAUUACGAGGGCUGUGGAGAUGAUGGAGAAGGGAUACAGAUCCUACAAGAGAGGAGAGCAGAUCAGCCCCUACCAUGCGGGCUCAUUCGCCCCCGUCAGCAGCACCAACGACAGCGAGGUCUCCAGCGACGCCUUGACGGACGACGCCAUGUCUGUGACUGACGGCAGCGUAGAUGGCAUUCCUCCAUAUAAACUGGGCUCCAAGAAGCAGCUACAGAGAGAGAUGCAGCGAAACAUGAGGAUGAACAGCCAAGUCUCUUUGCCUGCUUUCCCUCGCACAAACUGUCCUCCGAAGGAGAUGGUCCCUCUGGAGCCAGCACAGUUUGCAGCCCAGCUGAUCUCCCGCUUGGAGAACUUGAAGAGGAAACAGGACACCUUUAACUCUCUGGAGGAGAGGCUGCAGCAGAUUCAGGAGGAGGAGGAAAGAGAAGAUUCGGAGAUCUCUGUAAUUGCUCCCCAGCUGUCCCCGCAUCCUUUAGCUCCUAUCUCCUCUGACGAGGAUCCUCAGGCCAUUCUGGAUAAGCACCUUUCUCGGGUCCUCAAGACCCCCGGCUGCCAGUCUCCCACCGUGAUCCAGCACUCCCCUCGCUCCAGCUCCCCAGAGAAUCAGCCUUUCGCUUGCGCAGGCUUCGGAGGCAAAACCCACAUGAGAGCUGGACCAUUGAGUUUUUCUCUUUCAAGCCCAGACCAAGGCGCUUUUGCUCUGGCCUCGAGCUCCAACAAGACCCUAGUAAGCAGGCAGAGCACCAAACACAUCCACCACCACUACAUCCACCACCAUGCCAGUCCAAAAUCUAAGGAGCAGAUUGAAAUAGAGGCAGCCCUCAGGGUGCAAGGCGUCUGCUCCAGCGGCAGCAGGUGUCAGUCCUGCCAGGCUUACCAGCGCAGCCGCAGUCUGGGAAGAGAGAUGUGUGGCGCCGUCUCAACAGAGAGCAACAUGGGGCGCUCCAGCUCACUAUCGAGACGCGUGUGUCGCUCCGGGGCUGAAGAUGGAGUCGCAGACGGAUGCCUAGAGGACCACGGGAUCUCACAGUUGCCCACAGACACCACAGACCCCACCCAGAGCGUGUUGCAGUGGAUCCUGGAGAGUAAACGCCAAAGCAGGCACAAGUCUCACAGCAGUAACCAGAGUGGCAAGAAAUUCGGAGGCUCGUCAACUCAGACGCACACGUGGGGCGGUGGAGGAAGCUGUGGCCACCUGCGUAGCCAUCAGCCAGCCCAGCCCUUCAUCCAAGACCCCGCUAUGCCUCCUCUGCCCCCUCCAAACACUCUGUCCCAGCUGGAGGAGGCCUGCCGCAGACUGGAGGAGGUGUCCACCAAGCCCACCAAACAAAGGCAUUCAUUACCCAGCCUUCAGCGGGAGAAGACCCACCAAGUUACAGUCCACGGAGGGGGGCCAGCCCUAACCAGUCCCGGCCCCUCUGGUCUUGUCUCCACCAGCCCGGGUCUCCAAUCAGAAGAAUGCAAGAUUGGUUUGGGAGGCCACGCAGGGUGCAGCGGGGAGACGGUGGUGACGUAUUUCUUCUGCGGCGAGGAGAUCCCCUACCGGAGGACCAUGAAGAGUCACAGCCUCACUCUGGGUCACUUCAAAGAGCAGCUCCGUAAAAAGGGCAACUACAGGUACUACUUCAAGAAAGCCAGCAACGAGUUUGAGUGCGGCGCUGUGUUCGAGGAGGUGUCGGACGACAGUUCCUUGCUGCCCACCUAUGAGGGCAAGAUCCUGGGAAAGGUGGAGCGGAUGGAUUGACUCCUUGCCAUCAGCAACGUGGAAUUAAAGCCCUAUGUGUUCCUCCCGCCUCCCUGGAUGUCCUCUCAUUAAGCUAAGACUGAAGGACCUGGGGUUGUUGGAAGGGGUGCUGAGGGUUAAGCAGAUGGACUAGAUGAAAAGGCACAGAAGAAAACAAAAGCAGAUAUGUAUAUUAGCGGACUAUCAAAGGAAGUGGUUGGGAUGGAUGAGAAACAAGGACUGCGUUGCUGGACUGAAGUGUCUCUGAGGUUUCUAGAGGCUCUAGGUGAAUGACCACUCGUCAGCGAUGUGGGGCGGUGGGUAUAAUGUGAGACUGAGAGCCCACCUAAAACCUGCCUGUGCCGAUCACAAGCACUCGCUAGCACAUUACUAGUAUGUAUAUGCAGAUAUACAUGUACAUUGUAUAGAUAUCUAUUACUAUUUAUUGGAAAUAUCCCAGAGACAAGUUGCAUGGAUUGGAGAAACCUCCAUUUUUUCCAUGAUUUCUCCCUUCAGAGCAAAAUGAAAGCUUUCCUUCCUUUUUAACCCCUCAUGUUGUUUAAUUUUCCUCCUUUUUUCUGGACAGUGUGCUGCUGGAGCUUUGACUCAGAGUUUGAUCACAUACAGGGGUUGGACAAUGAAACUGAAACCCCUGGUUUUAGACCACAAUAAUUUAUUAGUAUGGUGUAGGGCCUCCUUUUGCGGCCAAUACAGCGUCAAUUCUUCUUGGGAAUGACAUAUACA